CAACAUCCCUUACCGUGAAGUGAAGGGAUUCACCGGGCUAGGCGUGCGUGUCCUGAGAUUUCCAUACGAGGUGCCCGACCGCGCAAGAUGUAAACAUUGCAACUGCAUUCCGAAAAGAAUAUAUCACCUUCUGUGCCCUCACCAUGGCCUCUGUUUUGACUGCAAAAAACAUUGCAAUGGAUAUUAUUGCGAUGAAUGUUGUGUAAACACAGCACCUGAACAACUUGGCGCAAUCCGUUCUGAUUUCAACCUUCCGGGUAUACUUCAGCAAGUCCAAUGUGACGUAUGCCACAAGGUGCUUCUCCUUGGAAAGCUGGAGGAACACCUCUAUGAGCACACUAAUCAGGGUGACGUGGAGUGUUCGAAAGUUCAAGAAACGACAAAUCAGCAUCAGGAUGUAUCAGAAAAGCCACUGCGAUUUUCGGAUGUUGUCAGUGUAAGAUGCGACAUCUGCAACGAGAUUGUCAAGAACAGCGACUACGUGGAACAUUUGAAGAGGCAUACUCAAGAGCGGAACAAUCAAUGCGAUCCAAUAGUUCAAGAGACGCCGAAUCAGGACGCCGCUAUGGAAUUCGAAGAAACCAGGAGUGACGAGACGCACCCCCACACCGGCUACAAGGAGCACAGUUUAGACGGGGUAUGCAACGUGACCUUGGAAUACAAAAAUGCAGAGCACUGUGAAAAAUCCGAUAAAGAUCCAGUUAUCUGCUCUGGCUGCGGCUUAUUUGUGCAACGGAACAACAUGCAAAAACAUACUUACCUGUCAUGUCCAGAACGUAUAAUUUUCUGCGAGCGUUGCCACUCUUCAUUUCCCUGCUCGAUGGAGGAGACGCACAAGUCUCAGUGUCCGAAGAUGGAAAGGGAGUGUUCCGAUUGGGAUGUGAACGUUCUCAACGAAAACCUACAACAUUAUCUAGACACGGAGUGCCAGAAGCGAGUGGUUCUUUGCGGCGCCUGCAACAGUAUGAUGUGUUACGAUGAACGUGGCAAACACAGGUCUGAGUGUCCGAAGAUCGAAAGGAAGUGCCCCGACUGCGGUGUCAACGUUCUCAACGAAAACCUUCAAAAUCAUCAAGACAUGGAGUGUCAGAAUCGAGUAGUUCUUUGUGACGCCCGCAACGGUGCAGUGUUUUAUCAUACACUUGGCGAUCAUGAAGAAGAAUGCCUCGAGAAACCACUGGUCUGCGAGGACUGUAAGGGUGAGAUACUCAGGAAGGAUGAGUCCAAGCAUGCCUCCGAGUGCCCAAUGCGUGCUGUGUGCUGCGAGAACUGUGAUGGAUUUUAUCCCUACUCUUCAGAAAAGGAACACAGGUCUGAGUGUCCGAAGAUCGAAAAGAGCUGUUCCGACUGCGGUGUCAAAGUUCUCAAUGAAAACCUACAAAGUCAUCAAGAAGUGGAGUGCCAGAUGCGAGUAGUGUUUUGUGGCGCCUGCAAGAGUGCAAUGUCUUAUUAUAAACUUGGCGUUCAUGAUCAAGUAUGCCCCGAGAAGCCAGUGGUCUGCGACGACUGUAAGGGCGAGGUUCUACGGAAGGAUGAGUCCAAGCACGCCUCCGAGUGUCCAAUGCGUGUUGUGUGCUGCGAGAACUGUGAAGGAUCCUACGCCUACUCUUCAGAAAAGGAGCACAGAAAGCAGUGUGAACUAAAGAAACUUGCUUGCGAGUACUGCAAAUUGUACCUGAAAGGCGAUGAUGAAAAAAAAGCACAUCUUAAAAUCUGCGAAGAAGCUUCAAUUGAAUGUGCUUUUAAAGACUUUGGAUGCAAGGAGAAAUUCCCAAGGAAAGAGAUGCAGGAACAUGAGAAGGACCCACACAAUGCACUUCUUAAUCAAGUGAUCCUUAAGGCGAUGGACACGAUUUCGGAGCUUCAACAGAAAAUAAAAGAUAUGGAGCGGUGCAACAUGUCUCUGCAGGAGGAAGCGAAAAAUGAAAAAGCGAAGCUGGUAAAAAAAAUACAAGAACUGGAGAACCGUCAGAUGUCUAAACAAGAGGAAGCGAGGAACGAAAACGCGAAGUUGGUAAAAAGAAUACAAGAACUGGAGAACCGUCAGAUGUCUAAACAAGAGGAAGCGAGGAAUGAAAACGCGAAGCUGGUAAAAAGAAUACAAGAACUGGAGAACUGUCAGCUUGAGGCGGAUCAAUAUCGCAUUAACCUUGAAGACGACGUUAAGGUCUACAGGUCUGUGCUGCAGAGCCUAGAAGAUAAAGUCGGUCGCAUGUCAAAGGAAGCAGCCACCCGAAGGAGAGUGGAAAUGCUCAACGAACGAGUCGAAACGUACCUUGGUCCUUUAGAACGGCUGCUGAACGGCCUGCGUGAUGUAGACAAAGAAUGAAUGACACUCCUUCACUUGUACCUGUCCCCGAUUUUGCCUGUAUUGAACUGCUGUGUUUCGAGCAUUCCAAAACCAACAAUUCUGUCGACUGCAUGCAAGUGGCCAGAAUGCUGUGAUUAGACUUGGAGUUUUCAAAAGU